GGCAUUGCAUCGCACGGCAAGGGGAGACUUGCAGAGCCGCGGUUCUCGCCUUGGGACUGGCUAUGCUGCGGCACACCGCUGUCAGCAGGGCCGCGCUUGCAUCUCUGACCAGAACGCAAGGCGCCCGCCGCAGGCUAGCAGCAGCCGGCAGCAGCCCGCGCCGAGCGGCGGCGGCAGCAGCAUCAGCCAGCGGCGACGCGGCGGCGGCAGCAGCUGCUGAGAUGAGCGUGGCGCACGCCGACCAGCCGGGCUGGUACCGGCAUGGCAUGAUUAGCCUGAGGGCGUGACGAUGGCCGACACGCUGCAGCGGCUGGGCGCGGGGCUGGAGCUGGCGCCCCUGGAGCGCUCCGCCUUUGUGAAGCCGCUGAGCAUCCUGUACCAGCUGGACGGCAAGCCGCGGCGGUGGGACAUGGUGGAGUCGCAUCCGUCAGUAGCGGUACUGCUGUACCACCGCCAGAGACAGGCCGUCAUCCUGGUGCGCCAGUUCCGACCCGCGGUCUACGUGUCGGCCAUGCGGGCGGCGCAGGCGGCGGGGCAGACCAAGCCGGCGCUGUCGGCCGGCUUCACUUACGAGCUGUGUGCGGGCAUCAUCGACAAGCCGGGCCUGGACCUGAAGCAGAUCACGCGGGAGGAGAUUUUGGAGGAGUGCGGGUUUGAUGUGCCCCUCGCCUCCAUCCACCUCGUCACAAGCUACCUGUCGGCCAUCGGCAUCAGCGGCAGCCGGCAGACCAUCUUUGCCGCACAGGUGGAUGACAGCAUGGCGGUGCAGGAGGGAGGCGGCGGCCUGAAGGACCACGGAGAGGCGAUAGAGGUGCUGGCGCUACCUGUGGCCAGCAUCGAGGGCUUCCUGGUUGAUGAAGAGCUGGGGAAGAGCGCGGGCCUGCUGUUCUCGCUCAUGUGGCUGCAGGAGCGCCUGAAGGCGCACAGCGGCCAGCUGUUCCCGACCGGGGCCUGACCGGCAGGAGCUCCCGCAAUCAGAGGCGUUGGCGAUCCACCAGGCAGCGGCAGAUGGGGAGCGCUCCGCCGGCGGCAGCAGCAGCGGGGAGGCGAGCUGGCUGGCACGCCCCGCCCUGUAUGCACCCGUCCUCCCGACGCAGCCGCCACCCGGCGUGCUGCCUGGCCCUUGCUGCCCAGCUCUACCCCUGGGUGGGCUGAGCGGCCUGUACGGCGCUACACCAGGGCAGUUACAACAAGCAAGUCAAGCGCUUGCACUUGUAAAGUAAGAGGUA